AUGGGAUUAGUUGAAUAUGAUUCUUCUUCUUCAUCUUCUUCCUUUGAGGACGAAAUCUUUACUGCAAGCAAAGUAUUGAGCUUCCCCCGUGCGUUGAAAAGGGAUAUCAACGAGGUAAAAUCUCAAUAUCCGGCUAAAAGACAACAGAGAUUACCUUCUCUCCCUGAUAGCUUCCAUACUGCACCAAAAGAUGACCCAUCGUUACAUCAAGGACGGAGUCGUACUCGACCAUUCGUAGACGGUGAAUACAAUUCACACGUAUACUUAUCUCUUGAUAUACCUUCAAAACUUCGUUUAAUCCUUGAACAAGUUAUCUCAACAUUUCAGGAAGAAUUACCGACAUAUACAAUACAUUCAUCGUUGUCUUCUCUACAUAUAUCCCUUACUCAUCCAUUACCAUUACGGAGGGAUCAGAUCAUACCGUUUCGCGACCAAUUAGCAGACCGUCUACGUAUCCGUAAACAAUUCAGUUUGAGCUUUGCCGGAGGGAUCAAAGUGUAUUAUAACCGUUCCAUGAAGGAUGGUGCACACGGAGAGGAAGGAAGUGGUGGUAGAGCUUUCUUAGCUUUACGUUUAGGUGCAGGUGCUAUUGAAGUAAAAGAGAUAGUCGAGCAGAUUAUUCAUCCACCGAUAGAUAUCAUACAUCUACCUAAAUAUCACGAUAAUCCAGAAUUUCAUACUUCAUUCGCAUGGACUUUGUUGAAACCAUCUAUUACAUCGAAAGGCGAAUCUGGAUCGACCGAACCGACGAGAGUAGAGGAUAUCCCCGGUCCUCCCUCUGAAGAGGAACUCAUUCGAAACAACGGCCUCACGCCGUUUCCUGAUGACAUGUUAGAACGUAUUAAAGCUAAAUUCGAGAAGAAAAUACUGGAAGCACAACCUAAAGGAGGAUGGGAAAUUGAUAAUGUACACUUUAAAGCGGCUAAAGACAUUCAUGUUUUACCAAUUGGAAAGUGA